CCCCACGUUCACAAAACAAAUACCCCUUUCUUUCUCUCCCCAUAUAGCUAGCCCCUCAAGUGUCAUUUUCUCACAUAUACUUCACACAAAAGAAACAACCAUUCACUUCAUACACCUUGUCAUUUCUUCUCCUUCCUUUCUCUCUCUUUUCUCUCUCUUUAGUCCUUUCUCUCUCUCAAUCUCUAAUCCCUGCAACCACUCCCCCCAUCAAAAUUCAUCAAACCCAUCUCAAGAAACCCCCAGAAAUCUCUCCUAAAAAAUACUCAGAACCCUUUUGCUACAUAGAUCACAGUAUUCCAUCCUUCAUAGCUAGCUAGACAGCUACAUAUAGUUAAUAUACAACCACACCACAAUAAGAAGAAGAGGAGGAGAAACAAGGAGAACAGAAAGAGAGGAAGAAGAGAAAAGGGUUUUGUUUUGUUGGGUUUGUUUCUGAGGAUGGAGCUGUUUCCAGCACAACCAGAUUUAUCCUUGCAAAUCAGUCCACCAAACAGUAAACCAGCAUCCACAUGGAGGAGACCAGGAACAGAAGAGAACAUGGAUUUGGGGUUCUGGAGGAGAGCUCUGGACUCAAGGAACUCCAUGUCCUCAAUGGCAAAACCAGACACCUGUUUUGAGCUCUCUUUAUCCAAUCCAAGGGUUUCUGAGUCCAACUCCAACCACCUUCACCUCUUUCAAAAUAGUAACCCCAAUUGCAAUGGUAAUCUCUUUCAUUCCUAUCACCAAAACCACUAUAGUAGUACUCUUCACCAACAUCCGGUACUUUAUCAACAUCAACAGCACCAUCAUCAUCAUCAACAAGGGUCCUUAGGACCAGAACUUGGUUUCUUGAGACCCAUAAGAGGAAUUCCGGUCUAUCAAAACCCUCCUCCUCCCACUGCUUUCCCAUUUGCUCAGCAGCCUUUGGAUUCUCCUUCUUCUUUGGGGAGUACUAAUAACAGCAACACUAGCAGUAACUUGAGCCCUUUUCAGAUGAGAUCGAGAUUUAUGUCGAGGUUUCCAGCUAAACGCAGCAUGAGAGCUCCAAGGAUGCGGUGGACUACUACACUUCAUGCUCGCUUUGUUCAUGCUGUUGAGUUAUUAGGUGGCCAUGAAAGAGCUACACCCAAGUCCGUUCUUGAGCUAAUGGAUGUCAAAGAUCUCACCUUGGCACAUGUUAAAUCUCAUCUACAGAUGUAUAGAACGGUGAAGACAACAGACAAAUCAGCUGCUUCUUCAGUUUCUGGGCAAUCAGAUGCUUUUGAGAAUGGAUCCUCGGGAGAUACUUCUGAGGACUUGAUGUUUGACAUUCAGAACCCAAGAAGGUCUGAACUAUCCUCUGUUCAACAGGGAAGACCAAAUGUUCAUCACCAAGAAAAGGAUCAGUACCAUGGCCUAUGGAGUAAUUCUUCAAGCAGGGAAGCCUGGUUGCAUGGGAAACCAAAGGAUUCUGGUGGAAACUUGCCAUCUCUUGAGAAGGAUAUGGAUCCAAAGUGCUUGAGCCAUGAGAGAAUAUCAGAUGUGAGCUCUCCAAACCUUUCAGUGACAAGCCCUAAGAAGCCUAAUUUGGAGUUCACCUUGGGCAGGUCACAUUGAUAUCUCUAUGCAUGUGUGUGUACUCAUUUUGAAAUGAUUAUAUGUGUCUGAAAGGGUGAAGAGAGAAUCUGGUACCCUUUCAGAGGGAAAAAAAAUAUCAUCAGAGAAAAAGAAAAGGAAAAGAAAAGUAAAGAGAAAAGGAGAAAAAGAGAGCUAAAGAAAGACAAGGAGACAAGAAAGACAGAAAGCAACAAAAGGAGAAGGGUGGAAAAGCAUGUCUUUCCUAUCAAGCUCUAUGAGACGAGAUCUCCAAAUCCCAGAUAUUAUAAUAUUUCUAUGAAAUUAUGAAAUCUAAUUGAUUUUGUAUGUUUUUGGGUUUUAGAGGGAGAAGAAAAGGAGAUAGAGAGAGAAUGACCUUUAACUAUUUUAAGUAUCAAGUGAUUCUUGGUAAUUGUAAUGGAACCUCUUUAUAAAAUAGUUUGGAAUUU